AUGGCGACCCGCUUCCUGCCUGCAAUGAUGUCUGUGGUUGUUGAUGAUCUCACCUUCACUGUGGAACAGAAGCCUCCCAAUGAAGAGAGGAGCUUGCUAACGUACCCCACAGGCCUGCCAGAUGCAUUUAGCAGUUCCAGCUCCUCCCUCAUGUUCGAAAUAGAUGAUGAUUAUGAUGAUGACUGUUUUUCACCUGAGUACGAUGAUGAUCUGAACACAGAUUUCUAUUCAUCUUCUCCUUAUCAACAGUAUGAGCCCCAGUAUCAGCCCCAGUAUCAGCCCCAGUAUCAGCCCCAGUAUGAUCCCCAGUAUGAUCCCCAGUAUGAGCCCUCGCCGGACCAAAAUGUCCAACCUCCGAGUUCAUCUUUGCCCCUUCCAGGAUUCACUCCUAUACAAUUGGAUCCGAACCAGGACUCAUACUCUUCUCAGGACGACCCGCCCGGCUCUGAUGAUGGCCAGACUUCAGAACAGGCCACGGACUCUGAUGCACCGACCAAGCGGCCGGCCGGCAGGCGGAGGAACCCCAACAACCGCGUCAUCCAAAACAAAGGCAAACCGCAGGUCAAGAGGGCCGCUGAACGUUCCUGGCAGCAGGGUCCCACUUAUGUGACUGCUAUUGGCCCAGCCUACCACACACAGAACGUAGGAAUUCCCAGCUCAACGACGCAAGCUGGCGAGGCACAUAGCACGGACAGAAUAGUGCUGUGGCUGACGCGCCGCCCAGCAGGACGAGCCUUCCUCAUGAGCUGUGUGGUGAUCACUGUCAUUGUUGUCACACUUGCUAUAAUUUUUGCUACCAAAGGUUAGUGAAGAUAAAUUUGGUUUAAAAUGAUUUUAUGAUAAAUGAGUGCCAGACUACCUACAGAUGUGGCUGAACAGGAUCUGUAGGCAGCAAAGGGGAACAGAAGUCAAACAGAACUGUCAGCAUGAAAAAGGGAUCAUUGAUUCUGUGAGGAAGUGAUGCAUGAGCCGAAGCCAUGAAACCAGGCUGCAGCUCAGUGUGUUGCUGAAUGGGAACAAACAGCAGCUCGCUCUUGGAUUUCUGCUCUGUGUUACGGCUGUGGCCGUAAUAUUGUUUUGUUUGUACUUUUGGAGCGGUUUUCUGUCUCCUUUUUUUCUUUUUCUUCGUUGCAAUCGGAGGUUCCGUCUUUCCUUCUCUUCCCCUCCUAUAUUUUUUUUCAUAUCGGAGCCCAAGUUAUUCUGAGACCCUGAUUGGCUGGGUACGUCCAGCUCGGGUUUAAAUACUGACACAUCAUCUGUUGGAACCCCCCCCCCCCCUCCAUCUGGCAGCAGAAGAGCUUUACAUUGAUUGAUAUUGUUUGAGGCUUUGGUCCUUGUAUUUUGGUGGUUUUUGUGUGGUUGGUGAGUUUUUUUUCCUGUAAAACCUUCCCAGCCAGGUUUCAGCCUGGGCUUGUUCGUGAGAGUUUUUGAGUUGUUGGAGUAUUUAUUUUGUUCCUUUUACCUUUAUAUUACAAACUUUUACAAGCACAUAGACAUGGGUGUAACAUAAAUUGGGGGCUUUUCCGGGAUUUAACCUGUUUUUUUUGUGUGUGUGUGUGACAUUUGGAAGCUAAUUUACUUCAUAUUUUAAUAUUUGGCUUUGGGUUUUGCUUAUUUGUUUGUCUAACUUUUUUUUGCAGUUUGGUUGGACAGUUUUAUUGUGAGAGUAAAUGAUAAUGGCUUUUGACUUAAA